UGCAGGAAAAUCUGCACAUGAAAGUGUGUUUUCCAAGAACAAAAGCAAGACAUUUUUUUAAAAUGGGUGUCACUCCUCUAGCUCUAGGAAGAGGAAUCUUGUUUGGCCAGAAUAACUCGCUUGAUGAGGAAACAUCCCUCCUCCUGCACAUUCCCUGACAAGCAACAAGUGAAAGAGCUGUGUCACUCUGAAAGAGGACCCGAUCUGUAUGCUGAAACGCUCUUCUCUCCUGCCGCAGACAAAGUCUCUUUACCAUGGGAAGGAUUGGCAAGGAAGUGGCCGGUCAGGUCAUAAGCUUCAUAGGCAUUAUUGGGGUGGCAGUGACCUGUGGGAUCCCCAUGUGGAGAGUGACCUCCUACAUUGGAGCUAACAUCACGACAGCCCAGAUCGUGUGGGACGGCCUGUGGAUGAACUGUGUGAUGCAGAGCACUGGGCAGAUGCAGUGCAGGCUAAAUAACGCUAUUAUGACUAUGACCGCGGAUCUGCAAGCCGCCCAAGCCCUGGUCAUCAUCUCACUCAUCGUCGGCUUUAUCGGCUUCAUGAUUACCUUCGUUGGAGCCAGGUGCACCAGCUGCCUAAAGGACGAUUCAUCAAAGGCUAAUGUGGUGAUCACAGGUGGCUGUCUCCUCAUUGUUUCUGCCAUCCUGGUCCUGAUCCCCGCCUCCUGGUCUGCAGCCGUCACCAUCAUAAAUUUUAAUAACCCCUUGACCCUUAAUACACAGCAGAGGGAAAUCGGAGCCGCCAUUUACAUCGGCUGGGGCUCUGCAUUGUUUCUUCUGAUCGGUGGGAUCAUCCUAACCACGUCGUGCCCUCCGCAGAAACCCAUGUAUGGAUACCCAGGCUAUCAACCAGCACCUAUGUACCCUUACACUGGCCCAGGGCCAAACCCGGCAACAUAUGCCCCUGUGUAUGCUCCCCCAUCCAGCCAAACAUACACAGGCACUGGGAAAUACGCACCUAACAAAACAUAUGCAGCACCACCUACAUACACUGCAAGACAAUACCUCUAAAAAUGGAAAGGACAAAGAGGACAAUGAUUUUUUUCCAUCCAUCGAUACAUCUUCGUCUGCUUAUCCGGUGUCGGGUCGUGGGGGGAGCAACUCCAGCAUUUUUGCCAGGAUGGCUUUAGGAACUUAUGUCAUUAGACAGUAAAAUUGCACCAAAAUAAACAUUGUAUUUCUAGAGGAUGGUAUGUAUUCCAAUACAUUGUUGGGAUUUAAAAUGA